CAUGGAAGAUGGCGACAAUUAUUCAAAGGUUUCGUUCGGAGUUGGCGCUUUCUUGUGGGUUAAGGAACCGAUUUCUCAAUAAUCCCGCGUCUUCCGCUCCUCCAAGCUUCCUCACUUUCAUGUCUCUCUCCUUCUCUGCUUCCCUCUCGCUGAGCCUCGUCUCCAAUCUCAAAGGACGGAGAAAUUUAAGAUUUGGGGGUCUGUUGAAAUUUUCAGGAUCGUUGUCACUAAGCGCUCGGGAGAGAUCAAUCCGUCGUGGUUCCGUAAUUUGUAUGGCCAAAAGAUAUGCUCCCAACACUACAAAGAGAAAGAGGUUGAGUAGGAAGAGGGGUGGUGAUCCAGGCAAGAAAAAGAAGACGAGGAGAAAAGGGAGAAAGAGAGAUUUCAAAAUAGUCCGACUCUCCUCGGCUGCGGGGACUGGCUUUUUCUAUGUGAAGCAGAAGAGCAAGAACAUGGCUGACAAGAUUCAGCUCCAGAAAUAUGACCCUCUUGAAAAACGUCAUGUUCUGUUCACUGAAGUCAAGUGAGUUAGAUCACCCUUUGUGAUUACUAAUAGAUAGAUAGGUAUAUCGAACUUUGUUGGUAUUUUGUAGAUCCAAAGCUUUCUGAUUGCGUGGAAAUACUGCUCCUCUGACAUUUUGAAUCUUCUUCUGGAAUUUAGUGGAAAGAUAUUAUUGAAUGCUGAGUAUAUUGCCAUA